CGCGCGCAGGCUGAAGCUAGCGAUGACAGGGUCCGGACAGCGAAGUGGUGAGUCCUCCUUUUCAUCUAGAAAAAUGGCAGUGUUGAAGAAGUUAAAACUUCUUCUCUGGAAAAAUAUUACCUUAAAGAAGCGGAAGACUCUGGUAACAAUCAUUGAACUCUUGAUGCCAUUACUAUUUUCUGCAAUUGUAUUGUAUCUUCGUUUCAACAGUGUGCCAAGAAAAAGACCUUCUACUAACUAUAGUGCAGUUGAUAUCAAUUUACUGCCAGAAUUCUUCCAUAAUUUUCCUUUGAAAAAUAAAUUUCAACUGGUUUAUAUUCCUUCCAAAAGUGAAACUUUGAAGGCUGUCAUUGAAAUGGCGGGACAAAGCUUUGAUGUUGAGUUUGAAGUUUUAGGCUAUUCUUCCGUGACUUUGUUUGAAAAUUACAUAAUCAAUGAUCCCAAAGCUUUCUACAUAUUGGCAGGAAUUGUUUUUAACCAUACCUUCAGUGACAACAAUGAACCUUUGCCACUUGCGGUUAAAUAUCACUUGCGCUUCAGUUCCAUUCAGAGGAAUUAUUUAUUUAGAAGUCUAUUUUUUGACGAUAAUCUACAAGGCUGGUGCACAUCCUUUCUUUAUCCUCCUAACCCACGCCAAGGACCCCGGGAAUUUGCCUAUGCUGAUGGAGGAAGCCCUGGAUACCACCAAGAAGGCUUCCUGGCCAUACAACAUGCUGUAGAUAAAGCUAUCAUGUGGCACCAUGCUCACAAUGUAACAACCAACAUGUUUAAAAGUCUCAAUGUUCUUGUGAAGAGAUUCCCAUUUGGACCCUAUGUCGAGGACAGGUUCUUUCUAGUUCUGCAGAAUGAGUUCUCUCUGCUUCUCAUGCUCAGCUUCAUCUGCAUCGAGCUUAACAUCAUCAAUUCCAUUGGACUGGAGAAAGAGAAAAGGCUCAAGGAGUACAUGUGCAUGAUGGGACUUGAAAGUUGGCUGCACUGGGUUGCUUGGUUUAUUAUAUUCUUCAUUUGUGUCUUCAUUGCUGUUUCUUUCAUGACCAUUAUCUUCUGCAUGAAGGUGGAAAAUGUGGCAGUGUUCACGAAUAGUGACCCUAGUUUGAUAUUUGUUUUCCUCAUGUGUUUUGCUAUUGCCACAAUUUUCUUUGCCUUCAUGGUCAGCACAUUCUUCCAAAGAGCCCAUGCUGGAACUGCCUUAGGAGGCAUCAUUUUCUUCUUCACCUACCUCCCGUACCUGUACCUCAGUUUCAGCUAUACUCAGAGAAGCUUCUUCCAAAAAAUUAUCUCUUGUCUCUUUUCAAAUGUUGCCAUGGCAAUGGGAGUCCGACUCAUCUCCAUGUUUGAAGCAGAAGGCACAGGCAUCCAAUGGAGGAACAUGGGCAAUGUAAGCGGAGAGUUUAACUUCACUCAGGUACUGCUGAUGCUACUACUGGACUCUUUCUUAUAUGGCUUGGUGGCCUGGUAUGUGGAGUCCAUCUUCCCAGGAAAGUAUGGUACACCCAAGCCUUGGUACUUCUUUGCCCUGCCCUCCUACUGGCAUGGAAAACCUAUACCUGCUACACGAUCACUGCUGAAUAUGAGAGAUCCUGUAAAAGCUCUGAAAAGUGAGUUUAUUCAGAAAGAGCCUACUGAUUUGAUCAAAGGAAUUGAAAUUCAGGAUCUGUACAAGGUGUUUCACAGAGGAAGGACUAAGCACAUAGCAGUCAAAGGUCUGACCAUGAAUCUAUACAGAGGACAGAUCACUGUUCUUCUGGGACAUAAUGGAGCAGGGAAAACCUCCACCUGCUUCAUGCUCAUAGGUCUUAUUCCCCCUACCAGUGGACAGGCUUAUGUCAACGGAUAUGAAAUUUCACAAGACAUGUUUCACAUUAGGAAGAGCUUAGGCUGGUGCCCCCAACAUGAUAUCUUAUUUGAAAACUUCACAGUAGCAGAACAUCUUUCUUUCUAUGCUCAGCUGAAAGGCUUAUCACACCAGAAGUGCUCUGAAGAAGUCAAGAAGAUGCUGCACAUCCUCGAUCUGGAGGACAAGUGGGCCUCCCGGAGCAGGUUCCUGAGUGGGGGGAUGAAGCGCAAGCUCUCCAUUGGCAUCGCCCUCAUAGCAGGCUCCAAGGUGUUGAUACUGGAUGAGCCCACCUCAGGCAUGGAUGCCAUCUCUAGGAGAGCCAUUUGGGACCUUCUUCAGCAGCAGAAAAGUGACCGCACCAUCCUACUGACCACCCACUUCAUGGAGGAGGCUGACCUGCUGGGGGACCGCAUUGCCAUCAUGGCCAAUGGGGAGCUGCAGUGCUGUGGGUCAUCACUGUUCCUCAAGCAAAAGUACGGUGAGCAGCGGGAGGCAGGUGGCAGUACAGCCUCCAUCCCGUUUGAAUCUCUAUUUAUGGACUUGGAACUGAGGCAGACAGAGCUGGGCAUAGCCAGCUUUGGGGUUUCUGUCACCACCAUGGAGGAUGUCUUCAUUCGGGUUUGUAUAUUGGCAGAUGCCAGCACAACUAUCCCAAACAUCAAGCGUCCCUCCCUCCAUCCCAAGUCCCUGCUUACCAGAAUUCCUGUUGACAGAAUUAAAUAUCUUCAUUCAAGGAUAUUCUCAGUACAGACUGGUAUGCCAAUCAAACCAAACACUGGGUACAGACUUUUCUGCCAACAAUUCUAUGCCAUGUUUCUGAAAAAGGUUACACAUUCUUGGCGAAACUGGAUGUUGAUAUUAUCGAUACAGAUCCUGUUGCCUAUAGUGAUCGUUAUAUUAAGCCUCAUGUUCUUCAACUUCAAAACAAGAAGCAUGAGAAAUGUCCCAUUGGAGCUUACCCUAAAAACAUAUGGUCAGACUGUUGUUCCAUUCUUCAUUUCUCAGAAUUCUAGGCUGGAUCCUCGACUUUCAGAAAGCUUUGCAAGUAUGCUCAUGGCUGAAGGACAGAUUCCUCUAAAAGUCCUGGGUUCUAUGGAUGAGUUCCUGUUGAAAAAGGCCAAAGAAGAGCCUGAGGGCUUUAACAGACUCUAUAUAGUGGCAGCAUCCUUUGAAGAUGUGGGAAAUCACACUGUUGUAACAGCAUUAUUCAACAACCAGGUGUACCAUUCCCCUGCCCUGGCUCUGGCUUUGGUGGACAAUUUCCUUUUCAAGUUGCUUUCUGGUGCCAGGGCUUCCAUCAGCGUAUCCAACCACCCUCAACCUCAGUCAGCCUCAGAAGUCUCAGAGAAUAUCUUAUAUCAGGGCCCUAAAGGACAUUAUCUUGUUAUCAACUUGCUUUUUGGAAUAGCUUUCCUGUCUAGUUCUUUUUCCAUCUUGAUUGUUAGAGAGAGAUGCCUCUCUGCCAAGCACAUCCAGUUGGUCAGUGGAGUUUAUGUAGCUACUUACUGGCUCUCUGCUCUACUGUGGGACCUCAUCUCCUUUCUCAUCUCCAGUCUGCUGCUGGUGAUGGUGUUUUCAUACUACAAUGAAGAAGCUUUCACACGCAAUGGAAACAUGCUGGCUGUGAUCUUGAUGUUAAUGUUGUAUGGCUCAGCCAUUAUCCCCUGCAUCUACUUGGUCAGUUUCUCCUUCGAAAAUGCUGCUAAUGCGUGUGUCAAGCUUGUCAUAAUGCUCACCUUCUUGAGCAUCUGCCCCUUUGUUCUCAUCUCCAUCACAGGUGAACAAGAGCUAGGCUACACAACAGUUGCAAAAUCCUUGGAUGAUACAUUCCUGAUACUUCCAGGCUACUGCCUGGGGAUGGCUUUCUCCAACUUAUAUUACAACUUUGAAUUACAGCAGUUGUGCAAGACCAAGAACCUGAACCACAUUGAGUGCAAUGAAGUUUCAGAAGGAUAUGUGGUCCAAAAGAACAUCUAUGCCUGGGAGUCUCUAGGGAUAGGGAAGUACCUAACAGCCUUGGCUAUCUUAGGACCCAUAUAUAUAAUCCUGCUUUUCUUUAUUGAAACCAAUAUGUUCUGGAAACUGAAAACCAGGUUUGCUUACUUCUGCACAAAGAAAAAUUUGGCAGUGUUGCGCAAAGUUACACUAGUACCUGAAGACCAAGAUGUCAAAGAAGAGGCAAAAACUAUCCAGACUCAUUUGAGAAAGUUGUAUGAGAAAAAUCCACUAGUUGUUAAAAAAAUAUCAAAGAUCUAUGUCAAGAAGGUACCCCUGCUGGCUGUGAAUGAAGUAUCCUUCACCGUGCAAGCACAAGAAUGCUUUGGACUUCUUGGCCUCAAUGGAGCUGGGAAGUCUUCCGUUUUCAAAAUGCUUACUGGGGAAAAGCCCAUAACCUCUGGAGAUGCCUUUGUUAGGGGCAUCAGCAUCAAGUCUAACAUAGGGAAGGUGAGGCAGUGGAUUGGUUACUGUCCUCAGUUUGGUGGUCUGCUGAACUUCAUGACAGGCCGUGAGAUGCUCAUCAUGUAUGCCCGGAUCCGGGGCAUCCCCGAGCGCCACAUUAGUGCUUGUGUGGACCAGAUUCUUGAGGAUCUAGUUAUGGACAUAUAUGCUGAUAAGCUGAUAAAGACCUACAGUGGUGGUAACAAACGGAAGCUGAGCACCGGCAUUGCCCUGAUUGGAGAGCCUGCAGUCAUCUUCCUGGACGAGCCAUCCACUGGCAUGGACCCUGUGGCCCGGCGCCUGCUCUGGAAUGCUGUGGCCCGGGCCCGUGAGUCUGGCAAGGCCAUUGUCAUCACGUCCCACAGCAUGGAAGAAUGUGAGGCCUUGUGCACCCGGCUGGCCAUCAUGGUCCAGGGGCAGUUCAAGUGCCUGGGCAGCACUCAGCACCUCAAGAGCAAGUUCGGCAGUGGCUACUCCCUGCGGGCCAAGGUCCAGAGUGAAGGGCAGCAGGAGGCGCUGAAGGAGUUCAAGGCUUUCGUGAACCUGACCUUCCCAGGCAGUGUCCUGGAAGAUGAACACCAAGGGAUGGUCCAAUACCACCUGCCCGGCCGUGACCUCAGCUGGGCAAAGGUGUUUGGCAUUCUGGAGCAAGCCAAGAAUAAGUAUAGGUUGGAUGACUACUCGGUCAGCCAGGUCUCCUUGGAAGACAUCUUCCUGAGUUUUGCCUGCCCUGUGCCUAUUGACCAAGGAGAAGACCAACAAGGACAAGCAGAGGGAGCAGGCCCCUCCUCGCCCUCCAUUCCUCCCUCCCAACUUCCCUCCCAGCCUCCCUCUCCACCUCCUUCCCGAUCUUCUCAUUCCUCCAUUGACCCCUCUGUUUCCUCUGAAGGCUCAUCUAUCUCUCUCUGA